AGGCACGCUCCCACCCUUGGGGCUGCAGCAGUACUAUGGGCCUCCAGCUGGGAGAGCAGCUGCAUGCGUGUACAGGUCUGCUGGGGGACCAGAAGAGUACUCACCUAUCUCCACCACCUCUCCAGGGGUAGUCCAUCCCCCUUCAAAUGUAUAGCUGCGCAGGUCUCUCAGGCAUCCUGAGGUGCUGUGUGGGUAUCUUCUGCUGAUCAAUGAAUGACCAUUUAGUUGUAGUUCGAAGAGGGAGAGACAAAGGGAACAGCUCACUCCACCAUGAUGCCGAUGUCACUCCUAAUUUUCUUUUGGAAUCUGCCUAAGGUUUCUCCCAGCUGAUGAUGAAAAACUAAAACCACUUGUCAUUUAAGUGCAGCAUCUCAACACCUGAGUCUCAGUUGAGUUGUGCCGAUAAUGAUACUAUUUUCCUAAAUUCAGAAACUCACCCUAUUAAGGGAGAAAACCUGAUAUCAAUUUUUAAAAAACAGUGGGGUGAGAGGAAGCAUGACACUGGUUACUGGGGACACUAAUUUGUGUUCCCUUUGUAGAGGAGACUGUGUUUUUCAUUCCUUCACUUGUCGAACCUUCUCUUCAUCCUCAGGAGUUGUGAACAGAUGUGUCUACAGCACAACCAAGGCAGCCGUGAUUGGCCUCACAAAGUCCGUGGCUGCAGACUUCAUCCAGCAGGGGAUCAGGUGCAACUGUGUGUGUCCAGGAACCGUUGAUACCCCAUCUCUGCAAGAAAGAAUACAAGCCAGACCAAACCCUGAAGAGGCACGGAGCGACUUCCUGAAGAGACAGAGGACGGGAAGAUUUGCAACCGCAGAAGAAAUAGCCCUGCUCUGCGUGUACCUGGCUUCUGAUGAAUCUGCCUACAUCACAGGUAAUCCUGUCAUCAUUGAUGGAGGCUGGAGCUUGUGAUUCAGGAUCUCCUUGCUGGGAAGGCAGGCCCUUCCUAUACACUGUAAACCCGGCUAUGAAGAAAACUCACUCAUCAUCUCUUUCCUAUUAAUGGAAUAUUAAUGAAAACAAGCCCUUUUUAAGGAUGUCAUUGUUCACAAGAAUUUGAUUCUUUAAAUAUAUUAAUCUCUUUUGAAAUCAUUGUAGCUUAAUAACAUCACUGCAAAAGAAUAGUUUUUAAAAUAAGCCUCAAUUUGUAAGCAUAUAAAAUUAAAAUAUGAAGGAAAAAAGUAAGUUUUUUAAAAGAAAAGCGUAUUCAUUUCUAUUUCCCAAUAUUCAGAUGUUUUUGUUCAGGUCUGCGUUGGUCUGUAUGUGGAUACUAAUUUAAAAUUUUUACACCGUUAUAAAUGAACAGCAAAGGUAGGAAGGAGUUUGGCUUCACUAACUUAUGUUAAAAGAACUAUAGACUAUUCAGAACUAUAUGUUGGUCUGUUAUAUAAAAUAAAAAUAAUCAUCAGGUGUUUAUACUUAA